AAGUGGUUUUGAAGUGGUGGAAAGGGUUACGAUGUUCCCUACAAUGUGCAGAGGCCCCCCAGCAGGAUUACACCUCAGACUGUGCAUGCAAACAGGUGAAAAGCAUAUCACAAUUGUGGAGCCAAUGUACCUGUGAUAUGCUGUGCAGAGGACUGUAAGACAGCCCCUCGGAGUGAUCUAAUGACUGAAUGCCAUAGUGACGCCCCACUGAAGAACACAUGUCCCACAGCAGGCACAGACGAAGCUUCUGUACGUGAACUGCAGGUGGAAGUGUGGUGCCCUGCGUACCCCCAGGAAGCAUCACGAUCAUCCUUACAGCUUAGGAAUACGGCACUUAUUUUUCCUGUUAGAAUUUGCCUGACUUUAACUUCCAGCCAUCAGUUCUUGUUCUCCCUUUCUCCACUGAAUUAAAGAACCCGUUAGUACCCAGUAGUUUCUCACCACGAAGGUACCAAUCUUCUUUGGUUAAGCCAACCAAAGUCUCUCAUUGUAAGGUACUUAUUCCAACCCUCAAAUCAUUUUUCUGACUCUUCUCUGCACCUUCUCCAGUUUUUCAACCAUCCUUUUUAAAGGAUAGCACUGCAGUAAACUGAGUCACUCUAUAGAGUCCUUUGCAGUAUAUUGUGAGAGACUGUCCUUUCUGAGCAUAUGUGUGGAAGUUAAAGUAAACCAAUUCCAGUUUUGCACACUCCAGAUUUCUAUCUGUGGCCUUCAUUGCAACUUGUGGCAAGGCAUGGGUUCAGCUUGCAGCAAUGACCGGUACCAAAUGUUGACAAAAGGAAGAAGAUCCAGAUCACUAGAUGUGGGGAAGGACAGUUCGGCAACUAAGGAGAGCACACAGGCUACAUGCAGAGCUGCCAGACUGGAGGUGGCUGAUGCAAUUUUUUAUUGUAUUUUAUUUUGUUAACAGAUCCUUUAUUUUAGGCUGAUGAAUGCUGACCGGUGAUCCUGGACCAGGACCACAAUUGCAGAAUGGUGUGACUACAUCUUCACACAGACCUCAGCUCAGAACUUCUGCAUGAGGAUGGCCACAUGUCUGGAUCAGUGUGUAGUGCAAGCCAGUCCGUUAGCACCAGGAUGUGCAGUGCUGCUGGUGGUUUUCCAGUGGACUUCAGAAGCAGCAAGACCUCUGGAAAGAAAAGUUGCAGCUGUGGGAUCCUCGGUGCUGCUGCCUGCACCAGACAACAUAAAAGACAUCAAGUUCAUCCAGUGGGAAUAUCUAAAUGGCACCACAUCACACUUCAUUGUGCAGUACUAUGUGGAGUCACAAAAGCCAACACUCUAUCCGCCCUAUGAAAACAGAGUAGUUUUCUAUUCGCCCAACGGCUCCCUCUUGCUGGAAAAACUACAAGAGACAGACAGCGGGGUCUACAAAGUCAGUAUCAAUCUGUUCGAGAGCGAAGCCAGAACAACCCUUCUGAAAGUUCUCAGGCCUGUGUCCCAGCCUCAGAUAUGGAGCAAUUCUAGCCUGGCAGGUUCACCGACUGAGUUAUUCUGCAACGUGCCAGAGGGAACAGUGGAGAACAUUGCCUGGGAGAAAGAAGGAGGCCCUCUCCCCCAGGAAAGGUGUUACCUUCUUUCUGAAAAUGACAGUGUGUUGCACAUUGGGAAAGGGGAAAAAUCAGACUGUGGCUUCUAUUCCUGCAAUGUCAGCAAUGAGAUCAGCUGGCAGGAAUCCUCGCUGAACUUGACCAUUGUCGGUAUCUCGCCUCUGCUAGAACUUGCUUUGAAAAUGUCUGCUGUUGCUUUGGUGUUUGCCCUGGUCUCUGGGAUGGGCUUCUUUAUCUUGUGCUGCCAGUCAGGAAAGCAAAGAAUCACGGUGGAGAACUGGCGAUGGAUGAUCAUAUUCAUUCAGGGUAUGGUGUGUGUCUCUUCCAUCUUGCUGUUCGCUGCAACUGUCCUCUGGACGCAGGAGGAAGGUCUCUCUGCUGCCUUCAUAUUGCUUGAGAUUUUGCUUGUAUAUGUAAUAACAGUAACAAUCCUGAUAUCAGCAACAUUGGUGUUUCAGCCAGCAAAGCUCAGUGGAUUUAAGACCAAACCAUGGCAACGUAUCAUCCUGGACUCAGCAGCCCCUGGAGCAGUGAUAUUAGUGGUCCUGUUUGCCAGCCUCCUACUCCAGAAAAUCUCCCAGCUCCAAGACAGAGGCUGCUCACAGACUGUAGAUCUCACAGGCUACGCAGUCACCCCAGCCAUAAUAUCUCUCUUUGGCCUUCUAACCCUCUUCAUUUGGUAUCACAGGAGCCAAGGAGACCAAAGAGAAAAUAAACGACAUUCCAAGGGGGAAGCAGACCAGGAGGGCCCUGCCACUGUUCGGAAAGAUUUAUGGAAGUUCUGAGUUCCCCAGCGCCCCAUGAUGAGGCUGGCACUGAGCCCCAGCAGUGGGAUGCGGUAGGGCACACUUCAUGAACAUACAUAUGUUGUGCAGGUGCAGCAGGAGCUUCGGGAAGACAUGCUUUAGCGGCCGUAAAGAGCAUUCCCUAGUCUCAUGCCACCAAGAAUGAACCAGAAGAAGCUACAACCUGUCGUCAUUAUGGCCAGCUCUUGGAAACACCCAUACCUAAGUCUGGCUAAUGCUGCUUCUUGCAAGCCUGUGUGGUUGGUUGCUUAUAAACUUUUCCAAAAUUUAACCACCUGGGCUGAAAUUUUCACUGUCAGGACUCUGCUCAGGCUCAGUCCCCCCUCCAACCCCAGAAUUUCACUAAAAAAUGGCUCCACUACUGCUGAAAGCACAGUUAGGGGAAAAUAGGAACACAGUCUCACACUCCCCAACAGACACUCUAUCUGUGAAAAGGUUAUGAUUUGCUGAAUAUGUUUAUGCUAUCUGUAUGCAUGUAUCUUUUUUGUAUUUGAAGUAAUGAGUAUUGGCUCUAGACCUGGAGUUUAAAUGUUUGUUCCUAGUGUAAUUCCCACAAGGUAGUUAGCCAGCACAUCUUGAAGGGACUAGUCAAAGUAAGUGGCUCACCAAGGGACACUUAACUCACACUGGACCAUGGGAGAUGCCCAUCUACAUCGAAAGGACAUUCUAUAUGAAGUAUAGGUAAUGGCCCGGAGGCGAUGGGUGGGGGGAGCCAGGGGUGAUGGAGGGAGCACCAUCAUACAGGUUCACCACGGGCACCAUUUUCAUAAGGCUGGCCCUUAUUAACCCUCAAUGCACAAACCAGGAAUAGUGCCUGAUUCCCACCGUUCCUCUACUAGCUAGUAAAUAGUCAUGUAAGCCAUUCCACUGUACUGCUGUUACUAUUAAGUAGCUUUAUGUUGUACACAUCAAAGGUAUUAGUUCAAAUCCUGCCAUUAGUUCACCUGGCUUCUCAAUAUAGCUCAAUAGGAUGGCAGGAUUGUGUUUGUUUUAGGCACUAGAAAAUUACUUACAUUAGAAGAAUAUUAAGGUUGCAAAGUCAAGCACUCAAAUUAAAAAAUACUAGUAGGAAAGAUUGCCCAUGUAAUCACAAAUCUGCACCUCAGGCUUAGGUUUUUAAUGAUGCAGUUUUUAGUUGCAUCAUCACCUACAAUGUAGUCUAGGGACCCCUGCCUCAGUACAUGCUCAGGGCAGACACUACAUGAGAUGACGAGUGGCAAGAAAAAAAUUUAUCUUGUAUUGAAGGCCUGAGGCUGAGGCGAGACAGAUUCUAUUUUAGACUCUGUCACAGACUUCCUGUGGUUUAUUCCGUGUAUAUGGAAGUGUGUGGGGGAAGGGCAGGAGUGGACAAUCUCUGUUUGGGCAUUUCCUAACUUUUCAGUGCUGGAUUUUGCAACUUUAAUGUCACUUCUGCAGUAUAUAACUCCAGUGUUAUUCAGCUCUUGCAUGUAUCUGUCAGCUAUGUUACUCAUGUAUGUUUGUCACUGUUACAUUGUUAGGAUUUUCUUUUAUAGC